AUGCUCCAUAAGGCAUGGGAGUCUGAACCUAUCACCAAGGUGAUCAGAGUCGAGAGAUACGAAUCAUUUAUUCAGAUCAAUGGACAAGAGCAGAUGCUAUCAAUCUAUGGAAGUCCUGCUUUGAAAAACGAGAUCGACCAGAGUAUCCAGAUUGGCUAUCCAAGUCUGAGUGCCCCAAAUAGCGAUGCAUACUUUGAGAUCCUCAGACAAUGGCUCACCCACUGCGACAAAAACCAUGGAUGUGUGUGCCCGAAGCCGAAAUCAUCCGGGAGCUCGACUGCGCUGCAUCCCUUGCCGACCCGAGUGAUAGAGGUGGGAAAGACGGGAGAUGAGAGAGCCCGUCUACAUGAAACCAGUCCUAAUGACAAGGGCGAUUGGAUUGCUCUAUCCCAUCAAUGGGGAACUGGCAAAAGGUUUAGGACCAUGACAGAAAAUUUUGAGAGCCAUAUCAAUGGUAUAAGCUGUGCGUCACUUCCAGCAACGUUUCACGAUGCUGUCAAGGUGACUAGAGCGCUAGGAUGUCCGUACCUAUGGAUUGACUUGAUAUGCAUUGUGCAAGAAGGAAGUCGUAGCGACUUUCACGUCGAGGCGAAGAACAUGGAGCAAGUCUUUAGUGGUGCGUACUGCGUUCUGGCGUCAAGUCGUGAUCCUGGGCAUGAUGCCGGAUUCUUGCAAGCUCGAACCCCAAAAGCAACAUUGUCGCUGCAGAAAACAGGACAAACAGCGCCAUUAUACAUCACCGAACCGAUUGGCGACUUUCAUGGUAAUGUUCUGGAAGGUUCCUUGAACCAAAGAGGUUGGGUUCUGCAAGAACACGCGUUGGCGCGACGGACGAUAUACUUCACACAUCAUCAAACGUAUUUCGAGUGCGGAGAUGGUGUUCGUUACGAAACAAUGACAAGGUUGACAAGCUUGACAAGAAUUGAAUUCCCGCCGGGCCAGAUCGUUCCUUCGUGGUCGCGGAUGGCUCUUGGCGGUGGAAUUGACUAUAUCGGACCACCUUUCGGGCGCGUGGUAUGGAACAAGUUGAGAUCGCCAUGGUCUUCAGAUCUGGAGGGCAGCGCCGAUGAUCUUCAGACAAAGGACUCAAGCAACGACAAUUCCCUGGUUAGCGAAGCUCGCGAUUAUGGUGCAAGCAUCGCCGGGCAGGGAAAGGGGGAGAUCAUUUUCGAUAUUCCCGGUGAUGCCGCAUCGUUGCACACCAAAUGUGUGGUUCUUGGCGUCAGCCAUGGCCGGUUUCCAGAACUGAAACCUAAGCUGUAUUCCGAUUUAUGA